AUGAAUUAAUUAUAAAUCUCAACUUAAGAAAUUUGCAAAUACAAAGACACAAUUACUUAAUUUCUAAAAGACAAUACACUUUAUGAUUGUUUGGCACAUCAUAAUUAGGUAUUAGUAUAUUAAUAAUUAUUAUAGUUGAUUGUUUUGGAUUAGACAUUCACUUGUUGGGAAGUAUUUUAGAUUUUUGUUGAGGAAAAUAUAGAAGAAACAUUAUUUUGGAAUUCAGAUAUUUCUAAUUAUGAUGGCAUAUUUACACAUUCAGAUUUAAUAAAAGUCUUAUUGAAAUUAUACGAAAAUGCAUUUAACAAUAAAUCUUCAUGUAUAAUAUUAAAUUUAAUUAAGUAUAACAGUCUGGUCCAUUAUUUAAUGUAAUUGAAGAGGAAGGUGAAGAUCAAGAAGAAAUAAUAUAGAAUAAUCAAUCUCAAAAAUAAUAACCAAAAGAAUUGAAUGAUGAUUAAAAAUUAAGAUUAAUUUAUGAAAUGAAAACUAUUUCCAUUAGAUAAUGGAAUCGUAUUUUGAAAGAUGAUGUAAUUAUUCACUUUUUAUUCAAAAUAGUUGCAAUCUUCUAUUGGAUUUAUAUAAGGAAGAAAUGAUGAAAGAUUAUAUGAUGCUUGUGUAAAAAUAGUAAAAUCUGGUACAAGUCGUCUUUUUGUAGUAGAUCCAGAAACAUUAAUGUUUUAAGGUGUUAUUCAUUAAAAGGAUAUAUUAUCAUUUUUAAUAAAAGGAUUUACUUAAUAUUUAGGAACAAUCUUAAAAUAAUAAAAUAAUAUUCUAUCUUAACAUUAAAUCAAUAUUAAAGCAUUUUUUUGUAAUUAUAAUAGAUAAAAAGAAAUUAUAACUUGUAAAGAAAAUGAAACUGUUUAUUAGUAUCUAUUUAAUUUUAAACAAGAGUAUUUUAUACUAUGA